AGGCAGUCACGUCGGUGUUCGAGAGACCAGAACUUGCAGACAAACGGGUUGCACUGUGCCUUUCGUAGGGUUGCCUGCUGGCCAUUGCUUGCGCACCGCCCCUUGAGAGCCAUGAGCCGCACCGUUGCGACUUGCGGACUGCUGCUUGUCUGCCUGGUGAUGAUCGCCCACUGCCAGACGUUCCAGUACAGCCGAGGCUGGACCAACGGCAAGCGAAGGGACGGGCCCAUCGUGGCCGGUCCAAGCCGAAUCACAGCCGAUCACCGCUUGUUGGAAGAAUUCCUUUCCAAAUUUGCCCCGAAGGAUCGAGUGGUUCUGGAACGACUCGGCCACCUGUUUAGAACCCUGGACCGCAAUGAGGAUGAACAAGAAUGUACACUGAGAAGAGGCAGCAGCACAGGUUCCUAGAGGAGAGAAACGAAACGGCGGGAAUUACAACUUUGUACUUUGAUGAUUCGCUGCUUGCAUUUGCCAUGCCUGUCAUAUCAUUCACGCGUAAUAAACAACGACCGAUUCACGA